UAGGCGUUUGUCAGAUUCACCGUGGCGCACUAAAAUCUGCGGUCUGUUCUGCACAGUGCGCACAGUCUUAUUUCCUAAUUAAGCGUGAUAUUAGCGGUCAUGGCGCAGAACAUAAUGCUGUACUGGACCUCCGGUUCUCCGCCGUGCUGGAGAGUCAUGAUCGCGCUGGAGGAGAAGCUGCUGCAGGGAUACAAACAAAAACACUUGUCCUUUGAAAAGAACGAACACAAGUGUGAAGAAGUGAAAGCUCUCAAUCCCAGAGGCCAGGUCCCGACUUUCAAGCACGGGGACAUCGUCGUGAACGAGUCGUUUGCCGCGUGUCUGUACCUGGAGAGCACGUUUAAGUCUCAAGGCACCCGUCUGAUCCCUGAUGACCCGGCUGAACAAGCGCUCGUCUACCAGCGAAUAUUUGAGACUGAAAACCUGCAGCAGAAAUUGUCUUAUGUGGCUUUCUAUGAGUGGUAUGUUCCUGAAGGAGAGAGACUUGAAUCGGCUCUGAAGAGGAAUAAAGAGAAUUUAAUCACCGAGCUCAAACUGUGGGAGGGAUAUUUGGAGAAGAUGGGUAAAGGCUCGUACCUCGCUGGCAAGAACUUCACCAUGGCAGAUGUGGUUUGUUUUCCCGUCAUUGCGUAUUUACCAUAUCUUCACUGUCCUAAAGAGCGUUGUCCCAGACUGAUGGAGUACUACGAGAUGGUGAAGGACCGUCCCAGUAUCAAAGCCAGCUGGCCUCCUCAUUGGCUGGAGAAACCAGAGGGUCAAGACACACUCAAGAACCUGUGAAGAACAUCAGGACGUCCCUAACGCCGCAACAGCAUAAUACCAUCAGUGUGUUCAGUUUUAUGAACUUGCUGUAUUAAAUCAGCGUUUCUCAGGGAGAUUUGUACUCCUAGUGGUCCGUCAUGUAAUUGCAGGGGGUCAUUAUAAAAAAGUUUAAAGCAUUUUUAAGAUGCAAAUAUUAGCUUAAAAUGCUGUUUCUACUUGAUCUGAACUUCACAUUAACUUUCCAAUGAUCUUUAUUUUCAGAAUUACUUUUCUACAUUUUUAAUGAUUGUUUUCAACUGUUAAUCAUUUUCAAACAUUUAAAGCAGGCAGGGUUAACCUUACAGUAGACUUUCAGAAUCCUUCAUCAUUUGAAUUAAGAUUAUGUAAUUUCGUUUUAAAACAGCCACCGCAAAAUCAAACUUUCGCACUUUUUAAAAAAAAAAAUUGAGAUCAUUCUGAGGUUAAAUACAAAUUUGAAAUCAUAAGAUAUAGUUUAACAGCUUUGAUAACUAAAUAAGCGAAUAAAACAGUUAUUAAAUAAGCACGUGUCCUAUUCAGUUUUCUAAACUCCUGAAAUAUUGAUGUUUCAAAUUUUAGAGAAGUCAGUGUAAUUUGGGAAAUAUAUCAACUAAAUCUGUGUGUGUGUGUGUGUGUGUGUGUGUGUGUGUGUGUGUAAAAUAUUAAAAUUGAAUUACACAUUAUUUCUCUGUAACAGAUUAGUUACAUUUAUUUUUGUAACUAAAUUACAUAACUCCAUUACAUGUAACUAGUCACUUGGUAAGCAUAACAGUUGCAUUUUUUAUUUGCUCCAUACCAAUUUUAUGUUAGUCAAGUGUUUAAAAUAAUCUUCUGUAAUACAAUGUGACUACUUAUCACAGGAUGACAGAAAACAUAUAUAUAUAUUUGAUUAUAUACAGUAAAUGUUGAUUAGCUCUGCAUUAGAAAUAUACAAAAAAAAAAAAAUAAAAAAAAAAAAAAACAUAA